CCCACUCUAUCUCUCGGUGUUUUAUGUCUGCGUCACAACAAGUCGGUCGAGAAAGAGGCAGGGAUGAUGGCGUCUCUCGCGGGUUGAUUCUCGUGCUGCUCUGACAAACACAUCAAUAGGUGGAGAAACGAGAGCAAAGGCAAGGGAACAUGACGAAACGACGUCGCGGAGGACAGACAGACGGAGAGAAAGACGGACGUACCGACGGUGUCUCACUGACGACUUGACUGACAUACGCGCUUGGCACAGACACAUACAUGCACAUCCACUUUGGCACACACGUAGGCUUCACAUCCAACCGGACAGUAAUUGAGACGAGAGGGAAACAGAAGAGAUAAAAUAUUUCAUGUCAAGCCGGCACAGGAAUCGCUGUGACCCCAACGGAGAGGAGUUCCACUUGACAGGAUGGGGGGAGUAAGUGAAGGGGAUGAUGUGUUAGCUCGAUGGAGUGAUGGACUACUGUACCUCGGUAAUGUGAAAAGAGUAGAUGGAGUCAAGCAGUGUUGUCUGGUGAGAUUUGAGGACAACUCGGAAUUCUGGGUCCUAAGAAAAGACAUUCACUCUUUCUCAGUUGGAGUGGAAGAGGUUUGCUGUGUCUGUGAUGCCCCGCCUCUUAAAGAACCUCUCAUCAAUUGUCUUAAAUGUCGUCACGGUUAUCAUCCUGAGUGCCACACUCCGUCCAUUGAGCCGGAAGCUGACAGCAAUUCUUGGAUAUGUCGGCAAUGUGUCUUUGCAGUGGCAACCAAGAGAGGGGGAGCCAUCAAACGAGGACGGUUUGCCCGGCUCAUGCAAAUCAUGAAACUUCGGCUGCCCUAUCAGCUGUCAUCUUUAGACUGGGACCCACAGCAUCUGACCAACCAGCAGCAGUGUUACUGCUACUGUGCCGGACCUGGAGAGUGGAACCUGAAAAUGUUGCAGUGUGGAAGUUGUGGUCAGUGGUUUCAUGAAGCUUGCACACAGUGUCUGACCAAGCCGUUGUUAUAUGGAGACAGGUUUUAUGAGUUCCAGUGCUCUGUCUGUGCAAGCGGACCAGAGACAAUUCAACGGCUACCCAUGAGCUGGGUAGAUUUGGCCCAUUUGGUGCUCUACCACCUCUCCUUGUGCUGCAAGAGAAAAUACUUUGAUUUCGACCAUGAAAUCAUGUCGUUUGCCAAUGAGAAUUGGGACUCUUUGCUUCUCGGCUCGCUCUCUGACACACCAAGGCAAGAUCGCUGCCACAAUCUGCUCAACGCUUUGAACUCCAACAAAGACAGGUUUGUCUCUGGUAAAGAGAUCAAGAAGAAGAAGUGUCUUUUUGGGCUCCAGGUCCGAGCUCCGCCUCCCCUGACCUCUGAUUCGUCUCCCCUCAUCACUGACCCGCCCAUCAACAUCACCCAAAGGAGAAGGUCAGACCCAUUGUCACUGCCCUGCCAGAGGAGAGCGGUGGGGCCAGAGUCACGCAAAUCAAAGCGGCGCAUCAUGGAGACACAGCCUUGUCCGCCCCCGGUCCCAGCCACCCCAAUAGAUCUUGUGCCAUGUUGCCAUGGCUACGUAGGUGGAACUAACCUCUACAACUCCAGGAAGUCGGAGGAGGAGCUGAAUUUGGGCUCUCCACCUAAGCGGAUGUUUGCCCUGUAUCACCCCACCUAUAACGGAGCCCCAGCCAUCUCCAGAACCCUGCAUCACUAUAGUGCGGAAGAUCCUUGUCGAGUGCCGCCCCCCUGCCUCCCAUUUUCCCUGUCAUCCUCCCACCAUCACCACCACCACCAUCACAACCACCACCACCACCAGCAGCAGCACCACCAGCACCAGCCUGGCCAGAAGUUGGAUCCCUGCCCCUCCCUCCUGCUGCGUGAUGUCCCUUCCUAUCCGGGCAGCGUGGGGGGAGGGGGCGGGGGGGAUGGGUCAGCUGUCAGGGGCUGGGGGCGGGGACGGGGUGAGGAUUUUGGCGAGGCGAGUAACGCCAGACGGGAAGGUCCAGUACCUUGUGGAGUGGGGGAACGUGAGUGUGUACUGAGAGAAAGUGAGAGAUAGAUGGGGGGGUGGAGGGAGGCAGAGAGGAUCAACACACCAGAGUGCUUGGCAGGAAAGAGGGGAUAUUGGAGAGAGAGAGGGAGAGGGAGAAUGACUGUUGUGCAGGUGCCACAUCAGAAAUGUGUGGCAACUUCAAGUACAAGCAAAACAAAAACCCCACACAAGGCAAAUCCAGGUUGCUCAAAUGAUAUCGCCUCCAUUCUAUAUCAUCACACUACGUGUUACUAUAUCUCCCUCUUUGGUAGUGUUUCUCCUAUAUUUGUACUGUAUACCUUUGGAAUAUGCCUUUGCAUUUAUCAUGUUUACGUUUGAAGAUUGUAUAUACAGUAUUUGAUUAUAGGCAAUUUGUUACGUUACCUUUUGUCAUACUUGAUUUACAUGAUAGUAUGUAAUAGAAAUAUAUUAGGAGCCACAACAGGGCUUUUGUUUUAUAGUUAGAUUUAUAUAUUCACAGUAUAUUAUUAUAGGAUGAUUUGAUUUGAUGUGGUUGCAUAGUGCCUAUUUGGAUUGUGCAUCUGCAGAUUAAGAAGUUGACCUGAAUCCAGGGAUCAGGUGAUUGAAAUGUAUGGCAUGUAUGAUAACUAUUCUAUAAGGUUUUCUUCCUCAUCCACCAAUUGCAAUUGAAGAGUCACGACAAUGUUGUGUAGGCUUUCACACACAGAAUUAGUGUAAAAUACAUUCCAAACAAAUAUUAAAGCAUCUCUUCAAGAUUACUGAUCAAAAUCUUUGAUCAGAUAGCCAUGGAAAAUGGUGGCUCGUUGAGCCAGAUUUGACUUUCAAUUUGUUGAGGGGUGUUUUUGCAUUGUUUUAGGGAAGAGAAGUCAACAAAUUAUGGUAUUAUGUGCAGGUGAAACUAUUUGUACUGUUUUCCAUUUUCAGGCCAUAAACAGAGGAGUCAGCUCCUAUCUACCAGGUUUACACUGAGGAUGAGAGAUAGCGUUAACUCUGGCCCACUUCCAAGCUGAUACCUAAGCACUAGUCUGGACACUGUAGAUCUGACAAGAUUGGUUAGAUCUGAGCAAUAUGGCUUAAGUUUCAUCCGGUCUAUCAGAGGGAAAGGUGAGCGUUUAUCAUAUUUUUCAUAUAUCUGAUCCUUUCAGAUGCACGCAAGAGUCUAAGGGGUUAGGGCUAUGGGUUUGUGUUUGAUUUGGAACUGGGCCCCAGAGAUCAUAGUGGAACAGGAUGUUGUGUAUAGAACUCUAGAAUAUCAUAGUGCAAGGUUCAGAGUUUAUAUUUAUACAGAUCUUUAUUUCUGCCUUUUGUGGGAUAAAACACAGAUAAGAGUAAAUGUGUGCGUUGUAUCCCCCAGAAGACAGAUUGUGUUACAGGUGUAGUUAACGUAAAUAACACAACAUGUUAUAAUCAUGUCAACAGAAAACAUUUUCAGUCAUUUUUUUAAAACCACAGCAAGAUGUCACCCGUUCCCCAGAUUGAAUGAUGUGAAAUAUGCCAUCUCUUACUUAAGCAAUUAGGCCUGAGCGGGUGUGGUAUAUGGCAAAUAUACCACGGCCAAGGGCUGUUCUUAAGCACUACCAAAUGUGGAGUGCCUGGAUACAGCCCAUAUCCAUUGUAUAUUGGCCA